AUGAAUUUGUUCAAUGCAACUGAAAUUUUAACACAGUACACUAAUAUGAAGUUUACCGUAUUAUUACUCAUAUGUUCGUUAGUAGUGAUUAAUCUUCAACCGGCAUUAGCUGUCCAAUGUUUUUGUAAAUGUUGUACAACGAAAGGAUGUACCCCAGCAUCAACACCAGUUGUUUCCUAUGAUGUUGCUGCCGUUUGUCAAACACCCUCGACCUGCAACAGUCUUGGAUGUUCAAUCAAAAGUCCCUCAUCAUGUACAGCACCAGGUGCCGAUGGAAAUACGGAAGUAUAUUGUGGUGCACAAGCCAUGUUUAAUCGUUUCUCCGUCAUCAUAACUCUUGUCGUUUUGUUAACGAUUGGAUCAUUUAUAAAAUCAAAACUCUAA